AACCGACCAAAUACAGAGGCGGUGUUCCGUUAGUUUUUCUGGUUUUUACUUCUUCUUCUUCUUCUUCUUCUUUUUGGAAGUCCCUCUUCUCCAAGAAACAGGUUUCCUUCGUAUAAAACACACACACACAUAUAUAGAACACACCACAAUAUACAAAUUCAAUCUUUACUUUUCCCCCAGUUUAUAUAUAUCAUCACCCAAUACUCAUGUCAAUCCGUACAAGUUUCUUCUUGCAUGAUACCACCCCCUUCUCCCGUAAAUCCUUGUAACUCGCUCUAGGCUUCUCUCUACACCCACUUUCUUCUACAACCGUCUAGAAAUGUAUAGCCUCACAUAGCCGGUUUCGCCCUUCUCUAAUAUUUGCCGACUCUUCUUCCAAUCCCUUACGUACUCUCAUCUUUCAUAUCUCUUUGUUCACUUUCACUCUUCGUUUUACAUUAGUUCCUAUCAUUCUGUUUCGUAGCUUCCACGAAAUCGAUCAUACUUAGUUCUUUUCUUCUUUUUUAAUUCCCCAAGUUUCUCUUCGAUUUGGGUUUGUAAAUCCCAAUACAUUUAGCGUUUUACAAUGGAAUACAGCGGUUUUCGACGUUCUUUAUGCUCUGUUUUCGCCGAUGGCUUCACGGCGUCGCCUCCGCCGACCAACGAUUGCGAGCUUUCCGAUCACUCUUCUGAUUCCGGCACCACGUAUACCUCAUCCUCGGAUCAAGAGUCGUCCGUCUCUGACUGCGAAAGCAGCGUCAGCAGCGGUGAUGGACGCCGGCAGGGAUUGGAGGCGGCGUUGGUGAAACUUGGAGAAGGGGACAGAGUGUACGACCUCAUCAAGAAAAGGUUUCUUGCGAGUUUGGGGUUGCUUGGAGCGCACGUCUCUGUUUCGGCGAUUAAUAGAAACUCUCAUUCGGGCUUUACGGGUCAAGCCCGGCUCAACGCGUUUCGGGUGUACUUGAAAGCUGUGGAGGACAAGUGUGGCGGCAACGCCAAUGUCAAGUACGGCUGGUAUGCGCCGAGUUCGAAAGACGAGGUUUCGAAGAUCAUUGGGCAUGGAUUUGGUCACUGUCAGAAGAUUGGUGGUGAUUUUGGUAGAGGUGUCUAUCUUGCUCCUGAUGAUUCUCCUUUGGAAUGUUUGAAUAGCUUGAGUGCUGAUGAAGAUGGUCUGCGGCAUCUUUUGCUCUGCCGGGUGAUUUUGGGGAAGCCGGAGGUUGUGCUGCCGGGUAAUUCAGAACAGUAUCAUCCCAGUUCACAGGAGUUUGAUUCGGGUGUGGAUAGGCUUUUAGCUCCCAAGAAGUAUAUAGUUUGGAGUACUCACAUGAACACUCAUAUCUUGCCGGAGUAUGUUAUCAGCUUUAGAGCUCCUGCUUGCUUGAAAGAGUUCUUGAAGACUCAGCUUCCAAUUCGAAAACCAACGUCUCCCUGGAUGCCAAUUCCUACUCUAAUUGGUGUACUUUCGAAGUUCUUGCCUCAGCCUAGCAUUGCCUUGAUCAUCAAGUAUCAUAAGGCUCAUAGGGAUAAUAAGAUCUCAAGGAGUGAACUAAUACAGAGGAUUAGACGAAUAGCAGGAGACGAGUUGCUGGCUACAAUCAUCAAAUCUUUCAGAACAAAGAUCUUUCAAUGCAGCAACUCAAAUUGCAAGAGGUUUCUCAAGACAGAAGCAGGAACGCGAUUGAGUACCAAAGUAGUGGAGGCGGUGUAGAUGGACCUAUGCUUUUUGGAGUAAACUUAAAACAGAGUGCUAAUUUGUAAGUCGAGGGUAAUACGUACGGUGGUGGAUCGAGUUUGACAUAUAUUCUAAUUAACCACAAGGGAGGGGUUCCAACACUUCAAAGUUGUAGUGUUUUAUCAGUUUAUCUGGUGUAGUUUCUUUUAAUCACACAGUUGUUGUACUGGUUGAAACAUUGAAAUGGUGUCUCCACCAUAAAUAGUUGAUCAGGAUGUGUUGUUUUCAUUAAUCAUAUUCCAUCUUCCGUU